CUGUGGGGUCGCCGGCCAUGGUGGUGUUGAGUGAAAAAAAAAAAGCUUUAAAAUAUAAACGAAUAAUGGCGAGCUCAUUGAGACAUCCUUCCAUGACUCAACAACCUCCCCCUCCACGAGUUCGUGACCCCCUUAUAAACGCCUCGUCCGCGAAAGAAUCGUCCGGAAGCUCGGUCAACCCCAUCGAACAUGGCGAUUCAAGACAGCACCCUCGAAGCCCGCCUUGAGCGCUGGGAGCAGCGUCUACGCUCCAUCACCACCCAGUCCCUGACCACCGACUACGUCAGACCUACAGAGGGAACCCGAAUCGUCGAAGCUGUACACUCGGUGACUCUGCCAGAGGAUGCCCGAACUGCCCUCUUGAAGUUGUCGAUCCUCGACGGCAAGAACAGCGUCUCUCCCUUCACCGUGCUGCUUGCGGCCUUCGCGGUUUUGGCUGCUCGCUUGACUGGCGACGAAGAUAUCUCGAUUGGAACCUCCGGCGAGAGCAAGGAACCUUUCGUUCUCCGGUUGCCAAUUGAUCCCAAGACUACCUUCGACUCUUUGCUGUCGACCAUCAGAGAUUUGGAAUCCGAAGGUACCGCUGAUUCGGUCCCUCUUCUGGACCUGAUCCGCCACCUCCAGACCAAGUCCAAGGCGCCCAAGCCUCCCCGCCUCUUCAACAUUUCCCUCUACCAUGCGCCGGAUGCGCCCUCCAAGCAGUUCCUCUCGUCGAACGAGUUGAACACGGACCUCAGUAUCUACGUCGAAAUCAGCGCCCCACCACAGUCGGCAAGUCUGCGAUACGUGCCGCAAAUUCCCGAAAUCACACUGAGCGCGCAUUACAAUCAGCGGAUAUUCUCGACCAAGCGUAUUGCUACCAUGGUGGACCAGCUUCUGCAGAUCGUGCAAGUGGGCGCUGCGGACGCGCACAUCGAGUGCGGAUCCAUUCCGUUGAUGACUCCCGAGCAGAAGAAGAUCCUUCCUGACCCAACUCGGGAUCUUCACUGGGGCGAGUUCCGCGGUGCCAUCCACGACAUCUUCUCCGCGAAUGCCAAGAAGCACCCUGGCCGGGAGUGCGUGGUCGAGACUGCCGAUAUCCACGAUUCGAACAGCAAGACGCGCGUGUUUACCUACCAGCAGAUUGACGAGGCUUCUAAUAUUCUUGCGCAUCACUUUGUGGCCAAGGGCAUCAAGAGGGGAGAUGUCAUCAUGGUCUAUGCCUACAGGGGUGUUGAUCUCGUGGUGGCGGUCAUGGGUGUUUUGAAGGCGGGCGCGACGUUCUCAGUGAUCGAUCCCGCAUACCCUCCUGCUCGGCAGAACAUCUACCUUCAGGUUGCUCAGCCAAGGGCCCUGGUGGUCAUUGAGAAGGCUGGCAAGCUUGCAAGCACUGUGCGCGACUACCUGGACGAGCUGCACAUCCUGACGGAAGUCCCCGCCCUGGCUAUCCAGGACGAUGGCAGCCUUGUUGGAGGUCAGGUCGAGGGCGUGGAAGUGCUUGCCGAGCAGGUUGCUCUCAAGUCCCAAGGCACUGGUGUCAUUGUGGGACCCGACUCCAACCCCACUCUCAGUUUUACUUCUGGCAGUGAGGGUAUCCCUAAGGGUGUUCGAGGUCGUCACUUCAGUUUGACCUACUACUUCCCCUGGAUGGCGGAGACGUUCGGGCUGUCGGAGAACGACCGGUUCACAAUGUUGAGCGGUAUCGCUCACGAUCCGAUUCAGCGCGACAUCUUCACACCGCUGUUCUUGGGUGCCAGGCUGCUGGUCCCGACCGCUGAUGAUAUUGGAACCCCCGGUAGACUUGCCGAAUGGAUGGACGAGAACGGAGCUACCAUCACUCACUUGACACCUGCCAUGGGUCAAUUACUCUCCGCCCAGGCGGAACGCUCCAUCCCGUCGCUGCACCAUGCGUUCUUUGUCGGCGAUAUCCUGACCAAGCGUGACUGCCUGCGACUGCAGAAACUCGCACGGAAUGUUGCCGUAGUGAACAUGUACGGAACCACCGAAACACAACGUGCUGUCUCCUACUUCGAGGUUCCUUCUCUGAACGCCGACCCCACCUUCUCCCAGUCGCAGAAGGACGUCAUUGCGGCCGGAAAGGGUAUGCUUGACGUUCAGCUGCUGGUGGUAAACCGACACAACCGCGAGCAGGUAUGUGGUGUCGGCGAGAUCGGUGAAAUCUACGUUAGAGCGGGUGGUUUGGCCGAGGGCUACCUACGGCUUCCGGAGAUGACCGCUACGAAGUUUAUCAGCAACUGGUUUGUGUCAGAGGAUGAGUGGAAGGCGAAGGACGUCAACAACGGAGAGCAAUGGAGGGAGCUUUACUUUGGUCCUCGUGACCGGAUGUACCGGACUGGAGAUCUUGGCCGUUACACGCCCGACGGUAACGUCGAAUGUAGCGGACGUGCCGACGAUCAAGUCAAAAUCCGUGGCUUCCGCAUCGAGUUGGGUGAGAUCGAUACACAUCUGUCUCAGCACCCGUUGGUGCGUGAGAAUGUCACUCUAGUCCGAAGGGACAAGGACGAGGAGCCUACACUGAUUUCGUAUGUCGUGCCUCUGCAAUCGGAGGACCUCGAUGGACUCGUCAGCGCCGACGAGACGUCUACGGAAGGUGCCGAGGGAGACGAGAUCGUCCAAGGUCUCCGAAGGUACCGUCGAUUGAUUACCGAGAUCAAGGGAUACUUGAAGAAGCGUCUGCCCUCGUACGCGGUUCCUACCGUGGUUGUGCCUCUCACCAGACUGCCAUUGAACCCCAACGGCAAGGUCGACAAGCCAGCACUUCCCUUCCCCGAUACCGCACAGAUUGCUGCCGCCGCCCGCCGCAGGAAGGUUCACCAUGGCGAUACUGGUGUACCGCAAUUGACUCCGGUUCAGAAACAGCUCAAGGACAUCUGGCAGAGCCUCUUACCCCACGCUACGGAGGAACUGGCAUUGACCGAUAACUUCUUCGAUCUCGGUGGUCACUCGAUUCUUGCUACCCGCAUGAUUUUCGAGAUUCGGAAGAGAUUCGUGACAGAUAUUGCUCUGGGCGCCAUCUUCAAGCACCCAACUCUCGGUGGUCUGGCAACGGAGAUCGACAGGAUCAGGACCGGUGGUGAUAACGACAUCGGCAUCCAGAACAUCGGCACCGGCGUACCAACGGCCGAGGAGGAGUCUAAGGUUGAAGACUAUGCGGGCGAUGCCCGCGCACUGGCCAAGGAACUCUCAGAGAAGUACCUGCCGUCGCGCGAUGUGGUAAUCUCUGGUGGUGUCACCGUGUUCCUCACUGGUGCAACCGGAUUCUUGGGUGCAUACUUGUUGCGCGAGCUUCUCAAGCGCACCAAUCCUCAGGUCAAGAAGGUUAUUACCCAUGUCCGAGCUUCCGAUGCCGCACAGGCUUUGAGCCGUGUCAAGAAGAGUUGCGAGGCCUACGGUGUUUGGGAUGAGGCUUGGAGUAGCAGGGUCGAGGCCGUGACUGGUUCAUUGGGAGAGGACAAGCUCGGAAUGAGUGACGAGGACUUCGAGAGGGUCGCCGAGGAGGUGGAUGUCAUUAUUCACAACGGAGCUCAGGUUCACUGGGUCUACCCCUACUCGAAGCUUCGACCAGCCAACGUCAAAGGAACUAUCGAUGCGCUGGCGCUGUGCGCCAAGGGCAAGCCCAAGUCAUUCGCUUUUGUGUCGUCAACCUCCGUCUUGGAUACCGACCACUUCGUCCGCCUUUCCGACACCAUCCUCGAAGCCGGCGGUGCUGGUAUUCCCGAGUCGGAUGAUCUGGAAGGAUCUGCUACCGGUCUCGGAACCGGUUACGGACAGAGUAAGUGGGUUGGUGAGUACCUCGUUCGCGAGGCAGGCCGCCGCGGUCUCGACGGAUGCGUCAUCAGACCCGGAUACAUCACUGGUGAUUCGCAGACUGGUGUUAUCAACACCGAUGACUUCCUGAUGCGCAUGCUCAAGGGUUGCGCCCAGCUCGGCCAGAUGCCUGAUAUCUACAACACCGUCAAUAUGGUUCCUGUGGACCACGUUGCCCGCGUUGUCGUGGCAUGUGCGGUUUCUCCCCCGGUUGCGCCACUGGCUGUCGCUCAGGUUACGGGCCACCCGCGGUUGAGGAUGAACGAGUUCCUGGGGACUUUGGCUACGUACGGAUACGAUGUCAAGACGGUCGACUACAUUCCAUGGCGCAUGGCCCUUGAGAACUAUGUCAUGGGCGAGUCCAAGGACAAUGCUCUGUUCCCGCUCUUGCACUUCGUUCUUGACGAUCUCCCAUCUGGCUCCAAGGCGCCGGAGCUCGACGACUCAAACGCGGUCAUCUCGCUCAAGAAGGAUGCGCAGUGGACUAAGGAGGAUUGGUCGCAAGGUGCGGGUAUUAGUGUCGAGACCAUGGGUGUUUACAUUGCGUACCUGACAGCGAUUGGGUUCCUGCCGAAGCCGCAGGGCAAGGGUGAGCGCGAACUGCCCAACUUCACUCUGUCGGCCGAGGCUCUGCAGAGCUUGAACUCGGUCGGCGGACGUGGAGGUGCUGGAGCUGCGUAAGAUUUUUGUCACGUAGCGGAUAUCUUUCUUUCUUUUCGUCACGUACCGGAUAUAGCAUCUUUUUUACUUUAGUCAUGUGUACUCUAGAAAUUGAUAUCGGAAAGCUGGUCGAUCACGUGGAAUUAUCCCGUCUUUUUGACUAGCUUGAAAACACUUUGAACAAGAUUUCAAGAGACAUCCCGAAAAGAGUAACUUUGUGACCG